CUACUUUAAGGGGUACCGUUUUCUCGAUCUGCGUCACUACUGAACAAAGAAACAAUUGGAAAGAAAAAAAUCGGAGUUUCAAGAUGGCGGCGACUGCCCUGCAUAAUAAACUUUUAACAGAUAUAAGUGAUGAGCUCGUAAAAGACAGUCCGGAAUAUGAUAAUUUCGUAUUUCACAUGACUGAAUUUGUUAAAGAAGGAUUACUUAGUAGUAAAAAAACCCUACUUGGUAAAUUUGGGGCUAUGAAGACCAAAGGCAAACUGGAUGUAGGAGAAUAUGAAUGCAUUAAGAAAGUGGCAGAAUCAAGCGGGAAUAAUGAUCUUUGUAAUUUGAUCAAAGAAAGAGAGGCGGAAAUCAUUGAAGCAUUAGAACGUGAAAAGACGGGGCAAAAAUCAGACAAGUCUGUGUCAACUAAACGCAAAGGUACAGAAGUCAGUAGUGCAAAGAAAAGAAAACUUGAAGAAGAAACCGACCAAUCAGAUCCUUUAUAUGGUCGCGAUGACAGAGGAAGGGGAUUUUAUGACACGGCGGGAAGAGGGGAUAUUUACUUAUUCUCAAUAAUACCCACAGACGCUUAGGUGAUAUCAU